GCCAAUGUUUCCGACCACCGGCAAAGGGAACUUCCAGGAGUACGUCUUUGGCUUCAAUGGCCAGAAGCCCUUUGUCACCGGGGGGCAUAUUUUCUUCACCACUGCUGGCCCGAAAGCCAUCAGUCCGGCCGUGGCUCGUGAGGAGAACCCACAAGUAAUGGUGUCGCAACUGCGCGUAGGCGAUGUGUUGUACCAAUUGGACGACAAAAAUGGGAAAAGCGGAUACGCCAAGGUCCCCAUUGAGUCGUUUACUGUCGAGCGAGCACCGUGCGAUUUUGUUUACGGACUGCAUUUCGCCCAGGGCAGCCAUGGUGGAGCUCGAUAUCACGCCAAUGGAUAUCUUGUGGCAGCUAACUACCCGGAGAUCACGUUGAAGCGGUUCGAGGAUCGACUCAGAAGCUUGCCGGUCCGGGAGCAGAGGUCUAGUGUCGACGCGGUGAGCCCGAUUCAUUACUGCAAAGAGAAUAUCUAGCUAAUACCCU